AUGGCGUGGGCCUGGCUGCACGCCGGCCUUCUCAUUCUCAGGCCCCUCGCCCACAGCGCCCGCCCAGGAGUGGCUCUCAGCUGACUCCUGCCCCACCCAGCCCCUUCCUGAGGCCUGGUGCAGCAGCCUCACCUGGCCAGCCCCAGGCCACCUCCGAGCUGCUAGAAGUGGGAGGGAGCCAGCCGGGCCCAGGGGGCGGGGGGCGUGGGCCGGCUUCCUGACGGGCCCCCAGGCGGCGGCCCCUUCCCACCGAAGGCGGGGGGCCUCUGGCUGGCUGCCACCUGAGGAAGGCCCAGCUUUAUCUGGCACACUACAGGCCACAGCCCCUUGACCCAGGCUGCUGGGCUCUCCCAGGGCCCUGAACCAGGAGAGGACUCCAGGGCUACCUCGGUCCCCGUCCACUCUCCCCCCCUUCCCCCCCCCCGCCUCCAGUCUUGCCAGACACAUCUUGGACUUGACUUUGUGCAGCAGCCACAGGCAGGCCAUGGCCACAAGCGCUGGCCUUGGCUUUUACCUCAGACCCUCCCUCCCCUCCCGGGAGGUGGUGGCAGCUGAGCCACGGUCCUCAGCAUGUGGGAGCCGGGGGGUCAGGUCCCUGCGUGACCCUCCCCUGACCACAGCCGCCUCCUGCAGACGGGGAAAGACCCAAUAAACCGCGUUUACAGAGGCUGGACCGCGCGCUUCCUUCUUCUGUGUCUGCAUUUCAGACGUGCUUGGCAGGCACUCAGGACCGCUUCCCGACUGGUAACGCGGCGCUCCUCUGGUACUGCCUGGCCGCCCUUGCGGGCAGGAGAGUGCUCAGAUCCCUGACUGGGAGCAUUUGUGUGACUGCUGCCCAGGACAAGAGAGAGAACCCGCCACAGGGGAGUAGAGCCAGGGCCACAGGUGAAGGUGACACGUCCCAAAGUGGCUGCAGGUGGAAGGUGACUUCAUCAAGGUCUCCGCUAGGACUUCGUUCACCAUGAAAGGCUCGAGGACUGUCAGCAGGACCCCUGACAGCAACUCGGCCUGUGUGGAGCUUAGUCUGACCGGCCUCCCUCCCCCCAUGUCCCAGCGCCCCGGCAGCGCCUCCACCGCCAAGCCCAUCGUCCGGUCCAUCUCCGUGGCCACGGGCAGCGAGCCCAGGAGGAGGGCGCUGGAGGCCUCCGGGCCUGGAGCUUCUCGGGCCAUCAACAAUCUUCGCAGAUCCAACAGCACCACGCAGGUCAAUCAGCCAUGGACUGGCUCUCCCAGGUCAGCAGAGCCCACCGACUUCCUGGCACUCUUUGAGGGCAGCACCAGUGAGAGGAGGGUGGGCAGCAAGGCGUGUGGCGAGCAGGGGGCCACGUGGAAUGUUCUGGAUGACCAGCCCAGGAGCCUCACCUUGCCAGCCAGCGGCCCAGGUUCUAGGUCCCCGGCAGGCCCACGGAGGAAAGAAAGCAUCCUGGCACCCAACUUCACUGCCAACAACAGAAGCAACAAGGGGACCGUAGGCAACUGCGUCACCACCAUGGUGCAUAACCGCUACGCCCCCUCGGAGAGGCCGCCCCCCCUCAAGAGCUCCAACCAGACAGCCCCCUCCCUCAACAACAUCAUCAAAGCGGCGGCCAGUGAGGCUGGUGAGGGCAGCAGCUUCUCAGAGCCCCGGAAGAAUAACUCGGGUGGUGUCCAGGAGGCCCGCAGCGCCACCGGGCUGCUCAGGCGGAAGGAGGUGACGGAGGAGGAGGCCGAGAGGUUUAUCCUCCAGGUAAACCAGGCCGCCGUCACCAUCCAGCGCUGGUACCGCCACCAGGUGCAGCGGCGCCAAGCAGGAGCCACAAGCCUUGAGCACCUGCUGGCCUCUAAACGAGAGGAGCAGCGGCAGCAGCCAAGCAACAGGAGCUUCCUAGACCUGCACCGGCAGAAGGAGGUGGCGAGGAAGAAGGCGCGGGAGGAGAAGGCGCGCCAGGCCAGGCGCGCAGCCAUUCAGGAACUGCAGCAGAAGCGAGCCCAAAAGUCAGGAGAGGCUGAGUGUGGAGGGCCCAAGGACCACCGGGAGGCCCGGGCGCUGGGGCAGCCGUGGCCCACACAGGAGCCACCCCCCAUGCCAGGCAGCGCGUGCCAGGUCCUCAAGGCCAACAACGCUGGUACCAGUGUGUGCCCAGCAGCCCCCAGAGACCCCUCCCCGCCCGCCUCCCCCCCUGACUCUUCUCCAGAGCCCCGGCUGUCUCCGGAGGACAAGCCACAGGCCUGGGCGUCACCAGUGUCCCAUCCCGCCCAAGACACGUUAGCCCCAGAGGAUGUCCACUCCCCAGACAUGCUCCCUGAGGGCGCAGGGCCUGUGGGCCCCUCCAGGAGCAGGGCCAAGCCCAGGGCCACGUUGGAUGAGCUGCUGGACACACUGAGGCUGCUGGAGGAAGAGCCUGAGCCGCUGCCCCGCCCCAAGCCCUACCACAAGGACAAAUACUCCUGGAUUGACGAGGAGGAGGAUGCCAGCUCCCUGACUGCUGACAACCUGGAGAAAUUCGGGAAACUCAGCGCGCCCCCCGCCCCGCUGGAGGAUGGGGUGCUGCUCUCCGAGGCCAAGCUGCAGAGCAUCAUGAGCUUCCUGGAGGAGAUGGAGGCGUCCACACAGGACCGGCCAGCCCCCCAACGGGAGGGCCGGACACAGGAGGCGGGGCGGGGCCGCUCGGAGCUAGCCUCAGAGGGGAGCGUCUCCAUCAUGCGGCUGAAGCUGGAGGUGGAGGAGAAGAAGCAGGCCCUGCUGCUGCUGCAGAGAGCGCUGGCCCAGCAGCGGGACCUCACCCUCCGGAGGGUCAAGGAGACCGAGAAGGAGCUGAGCCGGCAGCUGCGGCAGCAGAAGGAGCACUACGAGGCCACCAUCCAGCGACACCUGUCCUUCAUCGACCAGCUGAUCGAAGACAAGAAGGUGCUGAGCGAGAAGUGCGAGGCGGUGGUGGCAGAGCUGAGGCAGGGCGACCAGCGGUGCCGGGAGCGUGUGGCGCAGAUGCAGGAGCAGCACGAGCUGGAGAUUAAGAAGCUCAAAGAACUCAUGAGCGCCACGGAGAAGGUGCGCAGGGAGAAGUGGAUCAAUGAAAAAACCAAAAAGAUCAAGGAGAUCACCGUGCGAGGCCUGGAACCCGAGAUCCAGAAGCUGAUCGCCAAGCACAAGCAGGAGGUGAGGAAGCUGAGGGACCUGCACGAGGCCGAGCUGCUGCGGCGCGAGGAGCAGGCCGCCCAGCGCCACCUGCGCCAGGCGGAGGAGCUGCGGGAGCAUUUGGAGCAGGAGAAGGAGGCGCUGGGUCAGCAGGAGCGGGCCCGCGCCCAGCAGCGGUUUGAGCAGCACCUGGAGCAGGAGCAGCGAGCCCUGGAGCAGCAGCGGCGCCGGCUGUACAGCGAGGUGGCCGAGGAGCGGGAGCGGCUGGGCCAGCAGGCAGCCAGGCAGCGGACGGAAAUGGAGGAGCUGCGGCAGCAGCUGGAGGAGAGAAGUGCGGCACUGACCAGAGCUCUGCGGGCUGAGUUUGAGAAGGGCCAGCAGGAGCAGGAGCAGCAGCACCAGAUGGAGCUGAAGGCCCUGAAGGACCAACUGGAGGUAGAGAGACAAGCGUGGGUGGCCAGCUGCGCCAAGAAGGAGGAAGCUUGGCAGCUGAACCGGGAACGAGAGCUGAAGGAGGAGCUCCGGAAGGGCCGAGACCAGGAGAUCGAGCUGGUCAUCCAUCGGCUAGAGGCCGACAUGACACUGGCCAAGGAGGAGAGCGAGAGGGCAGCGGAGAGCCGGGUCAAGCGCGUGCGGGACAAGUAUGAGACUGAGCUCUCAGAGCUGGAGAAGUCGGAGCGGAAGCUUCAGGAGCGGUGCUCGGAGCUGAAAGGGCGGCUGGUGGAGGCCGAGGGGGAGAAGGAGCGGCUGCAGGCCCUGGUGCGGAAGAAGGAGAAGGAGCUGGAGGAAGCACAGGCCGUGAACGCUCAGCUCUCAGGUGAGCGCAACAACCUCACCCAGGUGGUCCGCCAGGAGUUUGCUGACCGGCUGGCGGCCUCGGAGGAGGAGAAGCAGCAGGUCAGGGCAGAGCUGGCUGAGCUGCGAGCCCGUCAGCAGCUGGAGCUGGACGAGGUGCACCGGAGGGUGAAGGCUGCCCUGGCCAAGAAGGAGGAGGCGGUGAACAGUCUCCGGAGACAGCACGAGGCCGCAGUGAAGAGGGCUGACCACCUGGAGGAGCUGCUGGAGCGGCACCGGCGGCCGCUGAACGCCAGGUGACGCUGCGGCACAGACACCGGGCGGAAGUGGACGCCUGCCCGGGGAUGGGUGUCGGGGCCAUCUCCCCCCACGGCGGGGCUGGGGCUUCCCUCCUGCUCAGGACGCUGCUGUCCGCAUGCCCGCAGCUGCGCUUCGGUUCAGUUUUGUUUUUAAUAAGUAAAAUGUCAUUGUUUCUUA